AUGGGCCUCCUCGACCAGCUCUGGGACGAGACGGUGGCCGGCCCGCGGCCGGACUCCGGCCUCGGCAGGCUCCGCAAGUACUCCUCCUUCUCCCCCUCCUCCUCGUCGUCGUCCUUCCCGGCGCACGCUCCCGCCGCGGCCGCCGACGCGUCAGCGCCGGCGCCGGCGCCGCCGGCUGUGACGCGCAGCAUCACCAUCGCCCGCCCGCCGUCGCUGUCCGUCGACGCCUCGCCGCGCGCCGAGUCCUACAGCUCCUCCGUCCCGUCCUCCCCGGCCAGCACGCCCGACUCGCCGUUCGCCACAGCUACCACGCCCAUGGCGGACGGCUGGAGGAGGUUCCGCCGGAAAACCAAGGUCUCCGAUGGGCCGGAACCGGCCGUCGGGCCAAGGAGCCCCACCGUGUACGACUGGUUCGUUCUCGGCCCACGCUCAGUUUCUUUUCUUGAAAUUUUACCACCACCUUGA